AUGGCAACAACUAGUGAUCAAGCAGGCUUUUUCGAUCUUCAAAUUGAAUCACCAUCAAGCUCAUGUUCAUCAUCACCACCAACAUCAUUGAAACCAGUUGAUAGUCAAAAUGAAAUUGAUUCUGGCUGUGGUAGUGAUGAUGAUCCCGCAUUAGCUUUGAAAAUUAAUAAAGGUCUUUCGAUGGGCUAUGAUUAUGAAUUAAUCAAAAGUGUUAUACAACAACAAAACGAUGGUGAUGAUAUGUCGAAAUUUAUUGAAACAAUUGUACGUACAGCUGAAGUGAAUAGUAAUUCAAACAUAAUAUCAACCAAUAAUAAUAAUAAUAAUAAUAAUAAUAGUCCAUCAAGUAAAAGUUGUUCACCAACAACUAUCAAUCAAAAAGCAGAUAUGGAUUUAUCAUCGAUGAAUUCAAAUUGUUCCGAAACAACAAUGCCUAUUCCACAUGAUAUUUACAUUAUUGAUGGUGCCGAUCUUGCCUAUAGCUUUGGUAAUAAUGUUUUUUCAUGGCGUGGUAUUGAAAUUUGUAUAAAAUAUUUACAUUCACAUGGCCAUAAGAAAGUUUUUGUUGCUCUGCCAUAUUCAUUGAAACAUCAUCGACAUGAUCAAAGUUUUUCGGAAUCAAAAUCGUUACGUGAUUUAGAACGUAAAAAUAUGCUUGUUUAUACAAAUCGUAUGUCAAAACAAACAAAUAAGCCAGGUUCCUAUACGCAUAUAAGUGAAAUGUUGAAAUUUUCACAAAAAACCAAAGGACAUUUAAUAACAAAUGUGUCGUUAAAAGAUGUUAUUCUUGAUUUUACUAUUUAUAAGCAUAUUAUCGAAGAAAAAGUAAUUCGUUAUCGUUUUCAAAAUGAUAAUUUUCAACCAUUAUUAGUAACAAUUGUAAGUGGUGAUGAUGGAAAUGAUUGUGAAACACAUUAUCCAUUAUGUCCUUAUGGUAAAAAAUGUACAUAUGGUUCAAAAUGCAAAUACUUCCAUAUUGAACGGCGUUAUCAAAAUCCAUUAUCAAUAACUGAAAGUCUUCAAAUGAAAGCACGAUUAGAAAAAUCAAAAUUACAACAUCAAUCAUCGAAUCCACCUAUGAUACCAGUAUUAGCCAAUAAUGGAUUUAAGUCAGCAUUUAAUCAGACAAAAUCAGGUCCUGAUCAUAUACAUAUGUAUAAUGAUAGACAUUCACCAAUACCAUUUUAUCCAACCAUGGAACAAACUCUUAUUGAUGAUGCACGGGCAGCUUAUGAAUACGGUUUAUCAUCGACAUCGCCAAUGUCAACUUCAAAUGAUUUUUCAUUUGUUGAUCAGCGUUUACCAAUGCAACAGCAACAACAACAACAAACAAGACAAACACAAAUUCCAACACAUCAUAGUUGGUUCGGAACACCUAAUCAACAACAGUCAGCUUUUAAUCGAACAUUUUCUAUGCCACAACAACAACAACAAACAAAUUUAUUUUCAAAUAAUGAUUCUCAACGGCUCAUGGAAGAACAGCAACAAAUGGCAGCAACAAUGCUCAUACAUCAACAAAAUUGGGCUCGUCAACAACAACAACAACAACAACAACAAAUGUUUUCCAUGCAACAACAGCAACAACCACAACAAUUCGAACAGAAUGUUCUUCGUCUACUAUCAAUGCUGUCCUUCCAGCAACAAAAUAAUAUGAUGAAUAAUCAUAAUCAACAUUUAUCAUCUGUUAAUACCAUGAUGCCAUCCAUGACAAGUCAAUCAUCUCAACAGCAGCAGCAGCAACAACAACAACAAGAAAGUCCAUAUGAUCGUUCUUCAAUGAAUAGUCAACAAUAUCUGGCCGAUAAAAUUCAAGCUGUACGUCAUCUUUGGGAAUCAGAAAGUCAAUACGCGAGUUCUUCAUCACAUUCUCAACAAAUGCAAAAUUAUAAUCUACAACAAGCAUCACCUAUGGUUGAUUCAACUCUAUUUAGUCCUAUGAAUACAUCAUUUCAACAAGGAACUCAUGGUUUUAUUCAAUUUCAAUAA